UAAUAAUCUGGAAGAACAAACUCCGGAAGAAGUAGCUUCUGUCUCGCGAGGUGGGCCGUUUCUUCCGCCUGAAGCAGAUCCAGAAGUAUUAACUGGCACGACUAGUAACCUCGAGGAGCAGAACACUUUCGGACACGUGAUUAAUCCCUUUGCACCCUUUCCUUUUCCGGUCCCGGGAGCAGCACCUGCUGCAGCUGGGGAAGUAGAUCAUUCGGAUAAAGCAACAAGCGCGGAUAAUAGUAAUAUCGAAGCCCCCACAACCUCGAAGUCGAAAGAACAAGUGAACGAUUCGGAAGUUGUAUUCCUAGAGAACAAAGAACAAGAAAAAGUUGCGAAAAAUUCCGCCCCUCCACGUGCGGAAAGCGAAAUCAGGAACAACCUCGGGGAGCUUUAUUGGGAAGGGAAAAGACGUCCUCAGCCACCAUUUCUACAGGUAGGAGACCGCGAGCAACGAACAACCUCUCUACUUCAACACAGCACCGUCCUGAUUGGCUCUGGUGCGAGCGCAGUACCGCGGCGGAUCCCUCCUCCCGGGUUGACUGAGGACGACCUCAGCAGCAUCGACGGGCGGCACGCGGCGAUUGAAAGGGCGAUCCAG